CAAGUACAUCGGUACCUACAACUAAUUUCUUAAAUUUUGCUAUUAUUUUACAUUUUAAACUGUUGAUCAAUUUAGAAUUAUGUCAUCUGUCACCUCUCAUAUCAAUGAAGAAUUGGGACCAUUGCCUAGACCAGCCCCAAAGCUUUCCAAAAACGUUCUUGAUCUUUUUUCCUUAAAGGGGAAAGUAGCUUCUGUAACGGGAUCAUCCGGUGGUAUUGGAUUAGCUGUUGCUGAAGCCUAUGCCCAAGCAGGUGCAGAUGUUGCAAUUUGGUAUAACUCCAAACCUGCAGAUGAUAAAGCUGAAUACCUUUCCAAAGAAUAUGGUAUCAAGGCAAAGGCAUACAAGUGUAACAUCGGUGAUCCAGAAGAUGUCGAGAAGAUCAUUCUGCAAAUUGAAAAGGACUUUGGUACCAUUGACAUCUUUGUAGCCAAUGCAGGUGUGCCUUGGACUGAAGGUAGAAGUAUCGAAGUUAAAGGAUGGGAAAGUUUCCAAAAAAUUAUUGACUUAGAUUUGAAUGGGGUUUACUAUUGUGCAAAGACAGUGGGGAAGAUCUUUAAGGAAAAGGGUAAGGGUUCCUUUAUUAUCACGGCUUCAAUGUCUGGUCACAUUGUAAACGUCCCACAAUUGCAAGCUCCUUACAAUGCUGCCAAGGCCGCUUGUUUACACUUGGGUAAAUCAUUAGCAGUUGAAUGGGCUCCGUUUGCUAGGGUCAAUACUGUUUCACCAGGUUAUAUCGAAACUGAAAUUUCCAAUUUUGUUCCCGAAGAAAUGAAGCAAAAAUGGUGGCAAUUGAUCCCUCUCGGAAGAGAAGCCAUUCCACAAGAAUUGGUUGGUGCUUAUUUAUACUUGGGAUCUGAUGCUUCCACCUACACCACUGGGGCAGAUAUUCUUGUUGAUGGUGGUUACUGUGCUCCAUAGACUUUUUACAUAUUAUUUAUUGCCUAUCUUAAUAUAAUUUUUCUUUAGAAGUGAGUCGUAUUUAUUAUAUUUUAUCGUGUUGUAAACUUUUAUGCAAUUUAAACUAAGUAGAAGUGAAAGUUA